GGACUAAGAAAGAUGCAAACCUCAGCUUUGAUUCCUCAGGCACUUUGAAGUUAUCCAAGCGCGACCAGGUUGAACCGUGUAGCACUGGAAAUGAGAUGCAGGUGCGCUACUGUCUCAUCCGAAGACGUUUGGCGCUCGAUCAGGCCAAUAUUAUGUGUUUCAAGUUGCAUGAUCGUUUGGCAGAAAAACUCAUGAAUGCCCGUAUGGAAGAACCACCAAGCGGUUGCCUGAAGCUCAGCCUGAAACAGAUUGAGACAGCAGAUAAAAAGUUUUGGACACUCAUGGCAGAAAAGACGCGUGAUGGUAUCAAGUCUGGCCCUGCAGGCCGUCCAUGUGAUGAGAAUUUUGAUGCAUGUUUGGAUAGUCCUGAGUUUCUGAACCUUUUGCAGCAUCGUUUUGCUCCUCCUGCUUCAUCUCCGGGACCUUCCAAGCAGAAACCUUCGGAAGAGCCUGCCACCAAGAAGCCCAAAACGGGCCCGCAGAACUUGAAAGGUGCUUCAAAGGGAAAUUUCAUGAGAGUCCCGAGUGAGUUGUUGGCCUUGGGAUGUGUAGGUGCUACGACCAAAGGCCAUCGUUUGUGCUUCGACUACAACUUGAGGAGAUGCAAGCUGCCCGUCAAGGAUCAGCGCUGCGGCAAGGGAUUGCACUUGUGCGCGGUUAAAGGUUGUCGAAAGAUGCACAUGGCAGUUGAGUGUCCCGAUAAGGGAAAUGCUGCGCGGGAGCCGAAGAAGACCUCCUUUCUGAGCAACAGAUCUUGCAUUCACAUGAUGCAAAAGUUUUGUGGGGACGUGGAACCUCACGAACAUGCUCCGUGGGGCAUUUCUGCUGAUGGAGGUUUUGCAACGGCGUUGGAAGCCCAAUACCCGGAUGCUAUGUGUGAACAAUUGGUGAAAUUUGUGGAUGAAUUGUGCUCCGACAAGGGCAUCAAGAUAUCGCCUGCGAGCUUGCAGCAACCUCGAGCGCACAGGUGUCUUUUUGAACAUCUGACCAAGUCCCCUAUGGAUCUUGUCAAGUUGAGGAUCCAGAGGUUGAAACUGUGGACAUCCUGGGCGCGUGACUUGGCCAAAGACGAGAGCGAAUACAAGUUGACAUUAGACCCCAGGGUGAGAGCAGUCCUGGGAGCAAAGCGCCUGCUCCUCAUGAAGAAAGUUGCGGAAGAAAUUGGAUGGCCUGACACUGAGUUGUUCAGCGAGCUUGCAACUGGUUUCAGACUGGUUGGUAAUGCGACUCGGUCGAACGUUUUUCAACAGGGCCUCAAGGCCGCGACACUUAGCGAAGAACAACUCAUGCGUGAUGCAAAGUUCCUCAAGCCUGCUUUGCUUGGGAAGAUUCGUGCCAGUGGAGGUGGCGAGCAUUCAAGUGCACUUUACGACAUCACUGUCGCCGAGGCAAAAGAGAAGUCGGGAAUGAUGUCCCUGUUCGGCUUCGUGUACUCUGAGGAGAAGCUUUUGCCGUUUGAGCGCAGCGCCGAGAUCCUUGGCGUGGUGUUCGACCUUGGCCUUAGCAGCGAGGGCCGUGUCUCCAUCUCGAAUAAGCCCUCCAGAGUGGAGGAGUUGAAUGAUGCCUUGCUUGGCAUAUUGAAUGAAAAAUUUGUGAUUCCGACUUCUAUGCCGUCGGUCCUGGGGAAGUUGCAGUACGCCGACUCACAUGUUUGGGGCAGAGCUGGAAAACUUGCUCUUGCUGACUUACGGGAGUUGGGGCAUACUUCUCCUUCGAAGGUCUUGCUUGAAGAAUCCCAGCUCAAGGCGUUUGAGACUCUCAGGUGCCGGCUUUGCUCAGGCCGACCAAAGACUUUCCUUGCUGAUGACGUAGAGAAGCCAGUCUUGAUCUUUACUGACGGGGCUCUGGAAUAUGAAGGUGAUGCUGCAAAGGCGACCAUUGGCGGGGUUUCCCUAAAGCCGGAUGGCGCUUGCGAAGUCUUUGGUUGCGCAGUCCCGGACGAUGUCUUGAAAAGGUGGCAAGACGGCGGAAAGACUCAUGUGAUUGGCCUCGUUGAAUUGUAUGCCUGCGUCGUCUCGCUCUUGCAUUGGAAGCCUGACGUGUCGUCCAGACGCGUCAUCCUCUUUGUCGACAAUUGGCCUGCGCUUGAUGUUUUGGUCAAGGGCACGUCGCUCCAGCCUGAAUGGAGAGAGCUUCUUUUGCUUCUUGAGGACCCGGUGGAAGACAACUUCAUGCUUUGGAUCGCACGCGUGCCUUCAGCUUCGAAUGUUGCAGAUCACCCUAGCAGAGGGUCUCUCAAGGAGCUUGAGUUUCUGAGGCCUUACAAAUGCGUACAGCCGUUUUGCCCAGUGACGAAGCUUCCUUUAAAAUCCACAGUGUGCUAA